AGAUAGAGCUACUGUAGAGUGGGUCUGGGAGCUCCGGAUGGAGACAGACUAGAGAGAGAGAAAGAGUAGCAGAAACUGGAGAUGGCUGGUCACCCUACGUUAUUACUUGCAGCCGUGCUUGUGCUGCACCUGUGUUUGUGGCCAUCCACAUCUGUGGCACAACUCCAAGUUCCGAGCUGGGUUCAGAAUUCCCUGCGCGCACAAACAUUGUUGACGGCUGACACGGAUAUCUCUCAGAUUCCACUAUGUGGAGCAAAUGAAGUGUUCAACCUUCUUGCUUUCACGCCGCCCAAAUGGCGAAGCGUAAGACCUGACAUAAAGGCAGGCUCGGGCUCGGCCUGUAUCGGUGGAAGAUGUUUAGUGGGAACCACUGAAAUUCACAGUCAAGAUCUAAGCGUAUCGGAGCUGUUGACGCUGGGCAUUCGGCGUCUUGGCCUCAAUAUGCACUUUGUGCCCGGCCUUACUGGAGGUGGGGAAGAAUACCGCUUCUGUCGUGGUGAUGACCAUUUCUUUCUGGGAUGUCAGGCCUUGCAGAACGCUAUUGGCUUUGAUAUAUGUGCCAUCGUAUUUGGCAUACCUACACUGACUGCCACUACCACGGGAUGUUCAGGUAGCUCUGCUACCAUUCAACAGGGUCUAAAGGCCAUCUCUGACUGGAUUGCUGCGAAUGAAACACAGUUGGGCUAUGGUAUCAUCGUCAUUGACUUGAGUGACUAUGUGACCGAUUCUGUCAAUAGCUCACAGUUUCUUCGUGAAACUGCCACAAGUCACAUUCGAAAUGUGAUUGAGACUACAAUUUCCAGUCGAGUCCUGAGUGUUGCUAACCUGGCUCAUUUCAGAACGACAUCCAGCUCUGGCACGACAGCGUGGCCAUCACCAAAGCAAAUAGUUGAUACGUACAAGAAGCGGGUUGUCAUUAUCGUGUCAGAGGAGGACUCAGUUAUUGCUGGUGACUAUGUCCAUGCCGUACCGUCACCAAGGAGCUCAGUAGCCAAUUCUGAGAAUUCAGUGAACAAUUUUCUUGCCAGCAACCCAACAGCAGGCACCUGCCCAAGAAGUGUGGCUGCAUUCCAGCCAGUCUAUGAGAGUCGCAAGUUAUUGCUGCUGAAUGAAACCAAUGCUGGUCAGUUUGUUCAAUUGGUCUCCACUGAAAAUGGCCCUCAGGAGGUUGGCGCUAUAACUGCAACACUGGCACAGCGUCUCCUGGAGUGUGGGCUAAGUCCCUCGUUGGAUUACAUCAGUGUCUCAAGUAUUGCAUCAUCCUGCAUUUGGACAUACAGUGAGGGACAAAUGCCAUCAAGUUCUGGUCAGCAAGUUCAGUUCAAUGCAGCGCAAGGGUGGACUACUGCCAGUGAUGCUGGCCAGGCGCAGUUACGUAAAGCAUGCCAGAGUGUAUCAGAUGAAACAGCAUGGACGCUUUCAGAAGCAGGUGACCCAUGUCCAGCCUCCUUUCGGUUUGCUGUGCCUGACAGUCCCCAGGAAGUGGCUGCAUUACGCCUUACCCUAGUUCAGGCUAAUGUUGAUUCAGUUUUGCUGCCAUCCAAUAUGCCUGGUGUCACAAGCGUCCAAGAUGACGACUCAGCAAAGUCAUCUAACGCCAAGACAAUCGGCAUUGCAGUUGGCGUGUCAGUCGGCAUUGUAGUGCCAGUGGUGGUGAUUCUACUUGUGAUCGUCAGACAGCGUAAGAGGGUCUGUGCUGGUGAUGCUGACACCGCUGACACCAAUCCGGUCGUGUCGCAGAAGGAUGUCGCCGAUGCUUGAGUUGUAAUGUUCUUCACCAGAACUUUGAUGCGGUGUCGACGCUAGUACCGCUGCUAGUCAUUUGUAGCAACUGUUGUUGUUUCUCAUCAUGCACAGAUGCUGGAUACUGGUCAGUAACGUCAGCUACUUUCAUACAAUGAUAAAGUGCUCCAGGCAGAAAUUGUCAAUACUUGUAGUGCAACAGGUUGUUCUACAUGUUCAUGCAUGUGAUUGAAGUGGAAACAUUGUCAUCACUGUGUGUGGUCUGCUCUUGCAGUGCUGUUAGAUCUGUAGUGUUGACACUAUUUUUGUUUGUAUUCGUCACCUGUCAUCUCGCAGUAGUUUGUACUUUUCUCGUCUUUUUAAUUAUUUAGGUUCUCACAGAUAGGCAGAGACGCAUUUUCAAAUUUCUAGUAUAAAACCGUUCACUGCGCAUUGUGUGUGUGCAUUCACAUACCACAUUCAUGUGCCGUAUUUCCUGGAUUCAGUCGACCUUUUGGUUUAGAAAGUAGUGAGGCCUUGCCAAGGAUUGA